AUGCCUGAGAAGGAGAUAAGAGAAGACGCCUCCCCUCUCAGCUCCUUUUGCAGGGGUGGGAGGUCCACAGGGAAGUUGAGAUGCCUGGAGGUUAUUACCUGCCCAGGAGCGCCUGGGCUUACCCAGAGAUGCAUGAUGUUUACCAACCGUCGAAUGGGCACUGGGAGGGCCUCUGUAACAGGACGGAGCUCCACCUACGAAGAAGGAACGGAGGAGGAGCACGGGCAUAGGGGGGAGGAGUUCGGGGGAGUUGAGGAGCAGCGAGGAGGGGCCCUUGGCCCCGGGGAGGGGCGGGGCAGGAAAGGGGUCAGGCCUCUGCCGGGUCCCCUUAUCCCUCCCUCUCCUCCUCUUUCCAAAUCAACCCGAGGCCGAAGGGGACUUUGGAGCUGGUGCGCGCCCAAAGCAGCGCAGCGGCUCAGCGUCGCUGGGACCAUGGUCUCCGCCCUGGGCAGUCCCGGGCCGCUCGUGCGGCAGCUCAUCCUGCUGCUGCUGCCGACCGGUCUGCUUCUGCAGCCCUCCCAGGCCCUGCCCACCGAGCUGCUGCCCGGGGACUUUGCAACAGACGAGGCAGGGGCGAGACUCUUCGCCCAGAGCUACAACUCCACAGCUGAGAUCGUCCGGUACCGGAGCGCCGCAGCCAGCUGGGCUUACGAGGUCAAUAUCACCCAAGAGAACGCGCAGCGGCAGGAGGAAGCAGACCUGCUGUCUCAGGAGUUUGAUGAAGCAUGGGGCAUGAAGGCCAAGCUGUUGUAUGACCGCAUCUGGGAGAACUUCACUGACCCCAUGCUUCACAGGAUCAUCGGUUCUGUGCGGAUUCUGGGUCUAGCCAAUCUGCCCAUAGAACAGCGUCAGAAGUACAAUACCUUGCUGAGCAAAAUGACCAGCAUAUAUUCUUCAGCCAAGGUCUGCUUUCCCAACAAGACUGCCACCUGCUGGGCCCUGGAACCAGAGCUUACAGAAGUCAUGGCCUCAUCGAGAAGCUACGCUAAGCUGCUAUUUGCCUGGGAGGGCUGGCACAAUGCUGUAGGGGUUCCUCUGAAACCUGAGUAUCAAGCUUAUGUCAGUCUCAGCAAUGAAGCCUAUAAGGUGGAUGGCUUUGAGGACACAGGGGCAUACUGGCGUUCUUGGUAUGACUCAUCAACAUUCGUGGAAGACCUAGAGCGACUGUACCAACAGCUAGAGCCUCUGUACCUGAAUCUCCAUGCCUUUGUGCGCCGUGGCUUGUACCACCGCUAUGGGGACAAAUACAUCAAUCUCCAGGGUCCCAUCCCUGCUCAUCUCCUGGGAAACAUGUGGGCACAGAGUUGGGAAAACAUCUAUGACAUAGUGGUUCCCUUCCCGGACAAGCCUAACCUAGAUGUUACCAGCACCAUGGUGGAGAAGGGCUGGAAUGUCACACACAUGUUCCGGGUCGCAGAGGAAUUUUUCACUUCCCUGGGGCUGCUGCCUAUGCCUCCGGAGUUCUGGGCUGAGUCCAUGCUGGAGAAGCCAGAUGAUGGGCGAGAGGUGGUAUGCCACGCCUCUGCCUGGGAUUUCUACAACAGGAUAGAUUUCAGGAUCAAGCAGUGCACGAGAGUGAACAUGGACCAGCUCUUCACUGUACAUCACGAGAUGGGCCACGUGCAAUAUUACCUUCAGUACAAACACCUGCCUGUUUCCCUGCGAAGGGGUGCCAAUCCUGGCUUCCAUGAGGCCAUUGGGGAUGUGCUAGCCCUAUCCGUCUCCACACCUGGUCAUCUACAGAAAAUUGGCCUGCUGGACAGUGUUACUAAUGACAAUGAAAGUGACAUCAACUACCUAUUAAAGAUGGCACUAGAUAAGAUCGCCUUCUUGCCCUUUGGCUACCUGGUGGACCAGUGGCGUUGGAGGGUCUUCAGUGGGCUUACAACUCCAUCUCAAUACAACUAUGACUGGUGGUACCUUCGGACCAAAUACCAGGGCAUCUGCCCUCCCAUUGCCCGGAAUGGAGCCCAUUUCGACCCUGGGGCAAAGUUUCAUAUCCCGUCUGUAACACCAUACAUCAGGUAUUUUGUGAGUUUUGUCCUUCAGUUCCAGUUCCACAAAGCCUUAUGUGCUGAGGCGGGCUAUACCGAGCCCCUGCACUAUUGUGACAUCUAUCAAUCUCAACAGGCUGGUGCCAAACUCAGGGAGGUGCUGCAGGCAGGUGCUUCUCGGCGUUGGCAGGAGGUGCUUAAGGAGAUGACAGGCUCAGAGACCCUGGAUGCAGGACCGCUUCUUGAAUACUUCGAACCCCUCACUGAUUGGCUGAAGCAACAGAACCAGAUCAAUGGCGAGGUCCUGGGCUGGCCUGAUUUUGAGUGGCGUCCACCAGUGCCAGAUGGCUAUCCAGAGGGCAUUGACAACCUGACUGAUGAAGCAGAGGCUGAGAAGUUUCUUGAGGAGUAUGACCGGUUGGGGCUCGUCAUAACGAAUGCAUAUGUAGAGGCCAACUGGGCUUACAACACAAACAUCACUGAAGAAAAUAGCAAGAUUAUGUUGGAAAAGAACCUGGAAUUGUCUUCUCACACACUACAAUAUGGUACUCGUGCCCGCCAGUUUGACACCAGCAGUUUCCAGAAGUCAUCUGUGAAACGGCUCCUGGAAAAGCUUAAAGACCUCGGUCGGGCAGCCCUGCCCCCUGCGGAUUUGGAUAAGUACAAUAACAUACUGUUGAAGAUGGAAUCAGCUUACAGUACAGCCAAAGUGUGCCAACAAAAUGGUUCCUGUCUACCCCUGGAUCCUGAUUUGACGGAGUUGAUGGCCUCAUCUCGGAACUAUGACAACCUACUCUGGGCAUGGAAGGGUUGGAGGGAUAAGGCAGGACGCGCUGUCCUUCCCAACUUCCCGGAGUAUGUGGAGCUUAGCAACAAGGCUGCCCAGCUCAAUGGCUAUGCUGAUUCUGGAGCCUACUGGAGAGCCUGGUAUGAAACACCUUCCCUGGAGCAGGACCUGGAGAAAAUCUACCUGGAACUGCAGCCCCUCUACCUGAACCUCCAUGCCUAUGUCCGUCGUGCCCUGUACCGUCACUAUGGAGCAGACUACAUCAACCUUCAAGGGCCCAUUCCUGCUCAUCUGUUAGGCAAUAUGUGGGCUCAGAGCUGGUCCAACAUCUAUGAGUUGGUGGUGCCUUUCCCUUCUGCCCACCAGGUGGAUGCCACUCCGGCUAUGAAAAGCCAGGGCUGGACCCCACGGAGGAUGUUUGAAGAGGCAGAUAAAUUCUUCCAGUCCCUGGGUCUGCUGCCCUUGACCCCUGAGUUCUGGAACAAGUCAAUGCUGGAAAAGCCAAACGAUGGGCGAGAAGUCGUGUGCCAUGCUUCUGCCUGGGAUUUCUACAAUGGCAAAGACUUCAGGAUCAAACAGUGCACAACAGUGAACAUGGAGGACCUCAUCGUCAUCCACCAUGAGAUGGGCCAUGUGCAGUAUUUCAUGCAGUACAAAGAUCAGCCUCUGACCUUCCGAGAUGGUGCCAACCCAGGUUUCCAUGAGGCCAUCGGAGAUGUGCUGGCACUCUCUGUCUCCACCCCCAAGCACUUAUACAGUAUUGGUCUGCUGGAUAAUGAGGGCGAGGGCUAUGAGAGUGAGAUCAACUAUUUGAUGAGUGUUGCCCUGGACAAGAUUGCCUUCAUCCCUUUUGGUUACCUCAUUGACCAGUGGCGCUGGCGGGUGUUCGAUGGGAGCAUCAAUAAGAAAGAUUACAACCAGGAGUGGUGGAGCCUCAGGCUAAAGUACCAGGGUCUGUGUCCACCAGUACCCAGAACACAAGAAGACUUUGACCCAGGUGCCAAGUUCCAUAUACCUGCAAAUGUGCCCUAUCUCAGAUACUUUGUCAGCUUUGUGAUUCAGUUCCAGUUCCACGAGGCCCUGUGCCGAGCCGCUGGCCACCAAGGUGCACUGCACAAGUGUGAUAUCUAUCAGUCAAAGAAGGCAGGGCAGCUCUUGGCGGAUGCUAUGAAACUGGGACUCAGUAAGCCGUGGCCAGAGGCUAUGAUGCUACUUACAGGGCAGCCCAACAUGUCAGCCACAGCUAUCGUGGACUACUUCCAGCCCCUGCUGGACUGGCUCAUCACCCAGAACAAGGAACAGCAAGAGACACUGGGCUGGCCUCAGUAUGACUGGACUCCAUAUUCUGGAAAUUAUGUCGGAAGAGCCCUCACCAAAAAUGAAUCAAAAAAUGAGUCAGCGGCAAAUGAAUUCGUGAAAGAGUAUGAUCAGACAGCUCAAGCAGUGUGGAAUGAGUACAUGUUGGCCCUUUGGAAAUACAGCACCAACAUCACUGAGUAUAACCGCCAGAAGAUGCUGGAAAAGGACUUCCUGAUGGAUCAGCAUAUAUUGUAUUAUGGCGUAAAGGCUCAUGACUUUAACACCACCAACUUUAGCAACCCACUACUGAAGCGUAUCCUAUGGAAGCUGAGGGAAAUGGAGAAGGCCAGCCUACCCAAGAAUGACCUUAAGGAGUACAAUGAACUUCUAGCAAAUAUGGAGACAAUCUACAAUAUGGCUGAUGUGUGCUUAGAAGAGGGACCUUGUGUGAUCCUAGAGCCUGAUCUUACAGAGCUGAUGGCUUCCUCCUGGAAGCAGGAGGAACUGCUUUGGGCCUGGCAAGGUUGGCGAGAUUCUGUAGGCCGGCAGCUCCACCCCAUCUACAGUCAGUAUGUGGAGCUCAGCAACAAGGCUGCCAGACUUAAUGGUCACCAGGAUACAGGGGCCUCAUGGAGAGAAGUAUAUGAGUCACCUACCUUGGAGAAAGACCUUGAGAAGCUUUACCAAGAAAUGGAGCCACUCUACCUAAACCUACAUGCUUAUGUGCGCCGAGCUCUUUACAAUUACUAUGGGUCUGAACUCAUUAGCCUAAAAGAGCCCAUUCCUGCCCACUUAUUGGGGAACAUGUGGGCUCAGUCCUGGACCAACAUCAUUGACCUAGUAACACCCUUUCUUUCAUCCUCCAAAAUGGAUGCCACCAUGGCCAUGAGGAGCCAGCAUUGGACACCCUUUAAGAUGUUUGAGGAGGCUGACAAAUUCUUCCAGUCUCUGGGGCUGCUCCCUGUUCUCCCUGAAUUCUGGGAAAAAUCAAUGCUGGAGAAGCCACAGGAUGGAAAAGAUGUGGCAUGCCAAGCCUCUGCCUGGGACUUCUAUGAUGGCAAGGACUUCAGGGUAAAGAUUUGCACCAAGGUGGACAUGGAAGAUCUAUUGUCCGUCUUCCAUGAGAUGGGCCAUAUCCAGUAUUUCAUGCAGUACAAGAAUCUGUCCUUGGCACUCCGAGAAGGUGCCAACCCGGGCUUCCAUGAGGCGAUAGGGGAUGUGGGCCUUUCCAUCUCCACCCCCAAGUACCUUCACAACUCAGAGCUUCUGGUUGCUGAAAUAGAGGACUACAAAAGCGAUAUCAACUUCCUUAUGAACAUAGCAUUGGAAAAAAUUGCCUUCAUCCCCUUCAGCUACCUGGUGGACCAGUUUCGAUGGAAGGUCUUUGAUGGCCGAAUCAGCAAGGAAUUUUACAAUCAGGAAUGGUGGAACCUGAGGUUAAAAUAUCAGGGAUUAUGCCCACCAGUGCCAAGGUCAGAGGAAGACUUUGACCCAGGUUCCAAGUUCCACAUUGCUGCCAACAUACCUUAUAUCAGGUACUUUAUCAGCUAUGUGAUCCAGUUCCAAUUCCAUGAGGCCCUAUGUCGAGCCUCGGGCCACUCAGGUCCCCUGCACAAAUGUAAUAUCUACAGCUCCCAAGAGGCAGGAAAACUCCUAGGGGAUAUCAUGAAACUUGGAUUCAGCAAGCCAUGGCCAGAGGCAAUGAAGAUGAUCACUGGGCAGUAUAAUAUGUCAGCAAAGCCACUCAUGAAGUACUUUAAGCCCCUGCUGGACUGGCUUGUUGCUGAGAAUGUGCGUCAGGAAGAGAUCCUGGGCUGGCCUGAGUUUAACUGCUUCAUCUCUGAUGAUAAUGCUCCUCCUUUCAGCACCGUGAUAGGGACAGCUCCUGGGAUCUUGGCAUCCUGUCUUCAGCCUCUGAUGUGA